AUGACUAAAAUUAGCUCUAAACUUACUUCGUUACUAGCUUUGACCUCUAUUGCCUCUGCUGCGACACUUUAUCAAAUUGCCGAAAUAGAUGCCCUUUUAGAAGAUGUCGAAUCCAAUUUAUCAUCUUACACAGGAUUGGUAAUCUCCCAUAUGGGUCUAAGUUGGUUACCUGACGGUGUGUUAAGUUAUGCUAUGGCUGCAAUGGAGGCUACCGAUAGUUCAUAUACCACUCUAAUAGAUGACAUUGACUUUUCCGGUGUUGAUCGUUUGAUCACAUCUGUAAGUUGGUAUUCUUCUAGAUUACUACCACUGAUUGAGUCAAUAUACUCUGAAGAGUUAGCUACAAUGACUACAUCCACUACUUCUACUACCUCCUCUACCUCUACCACUUCGACUACUUCUACUACCUCUACCACCUCUGCUACCUCUAGUACCCCAGCUACUACUUCUACUACUUCUACUAGCUCUGUUGCCUCUGAUAUGUCUUCUGCUUCGACCACAGCUACCAGCUCCACAGUUGAAGCUGCCACUUCUACCUCUGCUACUUCAAACAGAACAUCCACUGAACCAGCUUCUUCCACCGUGGUUUCUUCUGCAGAAGAUUCAACCACUUUAACCUCUGACGUAACAUCAAGUGACUCUUCCGUUUUUUCGUCUUCUGUCGCUUCCUCAGUUGAAAAUGCUUCUUCAACUGAAUCUGUUAGCACAUCCACUACCUCUUCUGCUACAACUGUUCCUCCUUCCUCUUCAGUAAUAGUCGUUUCAAGUACAAGUGAAGUAGCUGCAGAAUCUACCUCCGUAGGUACCUCAGAAACUAUUGCUUACACUUCUGAGAACAUCACUAGUUCUGCUACUUCUGAUGCUUCUUCUGCCACAAGCACUGCCGCAUCUUCCAAUGUAUACCAAAACUUCAAUUCAACCACUGCCAAUGUCGAAACUGUCGUUGCAACCGUUGUUACUGAAGGUUCUGUUGUAUCGACUAUUUACGAAACUAUCACUCAUUGCUCAGGUGGCUGCACCAAGACUACUUCAGUUACCCCAACUACAGAAUCUUCUACAAACUCUCUAGCUGCUAAUGUAGAAACUGUUGAGACAACCGUGGUUACUGAAGGGACCGUUGUUUCUACUGUUUACGUUACCAAAACAAGUUGCUCAGGUGGUUGUACUAAGACUACUUCUACCUCGCCUAUUGAAACAGCUUCAUCAUCCAAGGCUGCUGCUUCUGCAAAAGAUACGACUCUUGCUGUCCAAAGUUCUACUAAUACCCAAUCUUCUUCUACCGCCGCUAUUGCUGAAUAUACCGCCAAUGGUGCUGAAAAGAUGGCCUACAGCGCUGGUUUCAUUGUUGCAGCUGCCGCUUUAUUGAUCUAA